AAGGAAGGAAAUCUCGCGAGGUUGUGGUACUGUGGCAGCCCUUGCCGGAGGCGGUUGGCGGAGGUUUACCCCGAGCCAGUGAUGGGUAUGAGCCCCGCUUAUCCCCUAGCCGUUCCCCGACUGUCGCUAUCCGGUUCUGCGUCUGCUUGCUGAAGAAACUGAACAGGCGAGAGGAGUCUCUUCCCUUGGGUGAAUAGGUCCCCUGUUGGCAGAGGCUUUGAGCCCUAGUCGCCACAGCUGACGGCUGCGAGGGAUUGAAACCAGAAUAUUCCUUUAGAAAUGAGUUGCACAAUUGAGAAGGCACUUGCUGAUGCCAAAGCUCUUGUUGAAAGAUUGCGAGAUCAUGACGAUGCAGCAGAAUCUCUGAUUGAGCAAACCACAGCUCUCAACAAGCGAGUAGAAGCAAUGAAGCAGUAUCAGGAAGAAAUUCAAGAACUUAAUGAAGUUGCGAGACAUCGGCCACGGUCCACAUUAGUUAUGGGAAUACAGCAAGAAAACAGACAAAUCAGAGAACUGCAGCAAGAGAACAAAGAAUUACGUACAUCCCUGGAAGAACAUCAGUCUGCCUUAGAACUUAUAAUGAGCAAAUAUCGUGAGCAAAUGUUCAGAUUGCUAAUGGCUAGCAAAAAAGAUGAUCCAGGUAUAAUAAUGAAGUUGAAAGAGCAGCACUCCAAGAUUGACAUGGUACAUCGUAACAACUCCGAAGGAUUCUUCCUUGAUGCAUCUCGACGCAUCCUUGAAGCACCUCAACAUGGACUGGAGAGGAGACACUUGGAAGCAAAUCAGAAUGAAUUACAAGCUCAUGUUGACCAGAUAACUGAAAUGGCAGCAGUAAUGAAGAAAGCCAUUGAAAUUGAUGAGCAACAGGGUUGCAAGGAACAGGAAAGAAUAUUUCAACUUGAACAAGAAAACAAAGGCUUGAGAGAGAUCCUUCAAAUAACUCGAGAAUCAUUUUUGAACCUUAGAAAAGACGAUGUGUCAGAAAGUACAUCUUUGUCAGCAUUAGUGACCAAUAGUGACCUGAGUCUGAGGAAGAACUGAAGAGCUUCUCUGAGCUUCUUUACAAGGCUCCAAACCCGUUGCUGGGACUGAACUGCUAAAGUGAAUGAAUUAACAGAAAGAUCAAUCUAAAGCUACCCUCUCCCCCAUUUUUUUUGUAACAUAUACAGGGCACUGGCAAUGAUAUUUUUAAGAGAUAGGAACCAAAAUGCAUAGUUCAUGGUUAAAGACUUUGUUCCAAAAUGUAAUCGAAAAGUAAAAACUAAGCCUUUGUUAAUUGGUGAACAAAUUGAAGAUUUUCACAGUGACUGCUGAACAUAUUAAGAGCUUUCAGUAGUAGUAUUGUUGCCUUUCUGGAUGAUACUUGGAUAAACAUGAUUCCCAAUAAAUGUUUGGGAAUUCAUAAAAUUAUCUCAAUUUUAAAAUAUAGAUUUUGCCACAGUUUGGUGAAUGGAAGAUCAUCAUACUAAAUUUUAUCCUCCCUGUUUGAUGUCAAAGUUAGCAAACAACUUAUGUACCAGGAGACUUCAGCUUUAAUGAUUGCCUAUCUGCCUUCCCAUUAAUUUAAAUUUUUGUCAAAGAAGAUUCAGUUUGAAAGGCUGUAGAAAUGUUUUAUAAGCACCGUAAAAAAAAAGAGGUAAGUUUAGCUGAUUUACCAUAAUUACUACUCAGCUAACAAUUGUCUAUAACUUGCUAAAUAUAUGAAAUAUCAUUUCAGGAAUGAAAGAGAAAGAAUACUACUUUCUAAGAAAGAAGAUCUUAUAAGAGACAUAUUUAGUAGGUUAAACUACUCCUUUGAAAAAAUAAGUUUUGGUUCUAAAUCAAUAAUGAAGAUGAGAUUUUUCUCUUCUCUGGUUGAUCUUUAAGGAUAUUAUAUAGAUCCUUUAGGUAACAGUAGAAAUGUUUGAUAUAGCAAGCUAGGUAUGGUUAUUUCAAAAUAAAUUGGGAAAUUCUCUGCCUCACAGGACCCUCAUACUCUUAAGGGAUACAAAAAGUAAAUUAAAAUUUCAAAAAAAUUUUCUAGAUCUAUUCUUAAGCACUAUCUGGUCCUCAUAACCUGUAAGGUUUUUCUUAUAACCUCUCAGUCAAAAGCAGGAUAAAAAAAGCCUAUGGAGUUAGAAGUAUUUGUUUUAUUUUUUUAUAAAAUAUGUAAAUCCAGUAUGUAAAUUUUUUAAAGCCACCAGAAAUAGAAAUGUGCUUUAAUAUCAAUUGAAAUCCAAUUUUUUCUUACUUUGUGAUUAUAGUAUAGAAGGAUUAAAAGAAGAGUGUCACAUAUGAUUAAAUAUACUCAUUUAUAUUAAAUACAGAUUAAAAUUAGCACAACAGAAAAUUUACUUUUGAAUAUAUAAUUUGUUGAAUAUGUACAAGGAAAUUUUUGUGUAUAAUUUUGUGUAUUGGUAAAAUUCAGAACUACUUUUCAGAAUUUUUCUAUCUUAAGUUUGGGGUAAGUGGGGUUUAUAGGGCUGAUUAAAUAGAACAGGGCUAUUGGCCCAAACAUUAUGUUAAUUUUUUUUCUCAUUCAGAGGCCUUAAUAUCUUAUAAAUAAAUGGCAGUUUUUAUUUUUUAACUUUUCUAUUGUUUUUUUUUUUUUUCAGAAAGUAUCCCUUAAUUUGAUGGCACAUUCAUUCAUAUAGUUUUUAUCCCAAGUUAGAAUUAAAGAAAAUAAGCUAUACAGUUGAGAUUAAGUCUGAGGUAGUUAACUGAGGCAGCUCUAUUAUAAAACAUUACUUGGUAAAUAAUUAUUUUUGUAAAUAAGUUAAUUUAUUCAUAGUCUUCCUACUUGGAUAUAAUUUUAAGAUCUUGGUGUUUAAAGACAUUUACUUUAUUAUAUAGCAACAGUUUUUCAUCCCAUACUUUUAAGCAGAACCUUAAAUUUAUGUCUGAAAGUAUGUAGUGCAAAGGAGCCUACUUUAUCAAUAAAAAUGAGUGAUAAAAUUGG